AUGGCUUCGAGCAGUGCCUCUGGGCCGGGGGCGGCAUGUGGCGCGGCGCCGGCGAAGGUGAGCGAGCUGCUGUUCAGGAGGGACAUGCUGGGGCCGUCGCUGGGGAACCUGGCCGCUUCGCUGACAGGGAUGCUUCUCAUCGAGAAGUUAUCGCUCACCCUGCUGGUGCCCGCGCUGACACCGUGGAUUGAGGCGCAGUACCUCGUGCUCGGCCGCCUCGGCGCCCUGGUGACGCUUGGGGCCGUGGUCUGGAUCAUCGUCUUCUGGGGCAUAGGCACCCUGAUGGUCGUGCCUGCUUUCUUUGACGUCAAGCGCUGGAAGAUACAGCCGGGCAGGACCAUGAUGAUGCGCCAGCUGCUUCAGUCCAUGCCGCUGAUCAUCUUCAACUUCCUCCUCGCCGUCACCCUGCCCCCGGUGCUCCUCAACGCGGUCCUGCCGGAGGCUGCCUUCGACCUGCGCGCCCUGCCAGACAUGAAGACCGUGGCGCGGGACGUUGCGGUGUGGAUGUUCUUCCAGGAGACCCUCUUCUUCUACAUCCACCGUUGGUUCCACACCAACAAGGCAGUAUACAAGGAGGUCGCCCGGCAGGAGGCCCGCGUGCGAGCCGCUGCGGAGCCACGGGGGGCCCAGCCCGGCCCAGGACGGCCUCCGAGGCGAUCCACAAGCUCCACCACACCUGGACUGCGCCCGUGGCCUUCGUGGCCAUCUACGCCCACCCGGUGGAACACCUGGCCGCCAACAUCCUCCCGCUGCUCGCGGGGCCGAUGCUCUGUGGCACGCACGUGGCCGUCAUCGGGGCGUUCCUUGUCGCGGGCCUGA